AUUAGGAAGAGCCACCCUGUGCGAGCUGAAGGCUGUCAUCUCGCAACCCCAUCUCUGCAUGAAAUUCCCAACUCCUCAAGGGGUAGGAGUGCUGAAGGGGAAUCAAAAGAUGGCUAGAGCCUGUUAUCAAGACACAUUUAAAAAGAAGGCAGAGCUAGUAAAGCCAGUGGAAACGGUGCCUUUAAACCCGGACGUGCCGAAGAGAACAGUGAAGAUCGGCACUAAGCUCAUAAAGGAAGAGCUGGUGGACCUUCUGGAAUUUCUGAGGAAUAAUCAGGACGUAUUUGCGUGGACUACGGAUGAAAUGCCUGGCAUCCCAGCAGAAUUGACAGUCCACAAGCUCAGCACAGACCCCACCAGAAGGCCAGUGGUGCAAAAACGCCGCCUUUUUGGCCCCGAGAAGCAAGCUGCCAUAGAUGAAGAGAUACAAAAGCUGUUACAGGCAGGCUUCAUCAGAAGAGUGGAAUACUCUGAAUGGGUGUCCAACCCUGUGCUCGUCAAAAAGCCAAAUAGCAAGUGGAGGAUGUGUAUUGAUUUCACCAACCUCAAUGACGCAUGUCCAAAAGACCCUCAUCCGUUUCCAAAUGUCGAGAAGUUGGUAGAACGGGCAGCUGGGCAUGAGCGGAUGAGUGACGCAAUAUACUGCUAUGUCAUGAUGCCGUUUGGCCUCAAAAAUGCUGGAGCAACAUACCAGAAGCUGGUGCAAAUCAUCUUUAAGCUCCAGAUUAGCAGAAACAUAGAAGUGUAUGUAGAUGACAUGAUAGUCACCAGCGUGCGAGCUGAGGAUCACAUUGACGACCUGGAUGAAACUUUUCAAAACUUGCGUCGAGCUCAAAUGAAGCUGAAUCCCUUGAAAUGCACGUUUGCUGUGGAAUCAGGGAAAUUCCUAGGGUAUGUGGUAUCCAAGAAGGGAAUCGAAGUAAAUCCAGAGAAGGUACAGGCCGUUCAGCAGAUGGAACCUCCCAAGACAGUAAAAGAUGCGUUUGACGAGCUCAAACAAUAUUUGGCGUCCGCACCCCUGCUGUCCAAGCCUGUUGAUGGGGAAUGUUUAUAUCUUUAUCUGGGGGUCACAAAAGAAGCAGUGAGUUUAGUGCUACUGAGGGAAGAGAAUAAGAAUCAGAAGCCUAUCUGCUACGUGAGCAAGGUGUUACAAGGUGCCGAGCAGAACUACCCGAUAGCAGAAAAUGUUGCUUUUGCUUUGGUUUACACAGCUCGUAAGCUGAGAGCCUAUUUUAAGUCUCAUCAGAUUGUUGUUUAUACUGAUUUCCCGUUAAGGAAAAUAUUGCAGAAGCCGGAACUCUCUGGUCGGCUCAUCAGAUGGAGUUUCGAGCUGAGUGAAUAUGACCUCAAAUUUCAACCGCGCACGACUAUAAAGGGCCAAGCUGUGGCAGACUUCUUUGUUGAAUGUGCCCCGGCGGUUGUGAAAGAAAAGGCACCUGAACACUCGUGUUGGGUUUUGUAUGUAGAUGGAGCUGCUAAUAUCGAAGGAUCGGGUGCCGGAGCUGUGUUACUGGGCCCUGAUGGCUUUAAAUCCGAGCAUGCCCUGAGGUUUCAGUUCCAAACAACCAAUAAUGCUGCAGAGUAUGAAGCCCUAAUUUAUGGAUUGAAGUUGGCAUCCAAGCUGAAGUACAGAACAUCCAAGUCUUCAGUGACUCUCAGCUCGUGAGAAGUUCACAAGGGAGUAUGUGGCACGCACAUUGGUGGCAGAACUUUAGCUAGGAAACUCCUGAGGCAUGGUUAUUACUGGCCCACUAUGAUCAAGGACGCACAGAGCUAUGUCAAAAAAUGCCCGACCUACCAAUUCAAUGCUGAUGAUAUUCACAUGCCAGGAGAAAUGCUAUCAUCUCUUACGUCCCCCUGGCCCUUCGCUCAAUGGGGUGUCGACCUGCUCGGCCCUUUCAUCAAAGGCAAAGGAGGCUGUGCUUUCCUGGUCGUUGCAGUGGAUUACCUCACUAAGUGGAUAGAAGCUAAACCAUUAUCCACGACAACAGAAAGGAAAAUAGAAGAAUUCCUGUUCAACUCGGUAUUGUGCAGGUUCGGCAUACCUAAGCGGAUUAUCGCCGAUAAUGGGCCACAGUUCCGAGCAGCGGCGCUGAGAUUGUUUUGCAACAACUAUGGCAUCGAGCUCGCCUUGACAUCCAUCUCGGCCACGGGUGAAACCCCUUUCAGCUUGGCCUAUGGAGCUGAGGCCGUCAUCCCAGUAGAGGUUGGAUUACCAUCUGAACGAGCAGGCUGGCACGACGAUCUCAACAAUGAGCAACUGUUGAGAGAAAACCUAGACUUCGUGGAAGAGGUCAGGGAGAUGUCUAGAAUAAGAAACAUGGCGCAUCAGAGUCGUGUUGCAAAAUUUUACAAUAAAAGGGUUCGAGCUCGUCAGUUUCAAGUCGGCGAUCUGGUUCUACGCAAAGCUGGAUUGACGAAUACUUACUCGCACAUGGGCAAGCUCGCUCCUAAUUGGGAAGGCCCCUACGUGGUUGUUCAAAUUAAACGACCUGGGUCUUACGUGUUAGCAGAUAUAUAAGGACGUCAGUUGCCUUACAU